AUGGCGGACCGUACGGCUGCCUCCUCCUGGGAGGCCAGCCGGCUCUCGGCAGGGACGCUCCCACUUAAUAGGACCCCACAGGGUUGGAUAGCAUUCGACACACAGGCCUGCGGCUGGGAGCACCCGGUCAGCAAGGCUCAGGCCUUUGCAAUCUCUAACCUGCCCCGGCACCCGCUUUCUGCACUGUGCACAGGAUGGCCGGCUCGCGGUCGCCACAACCUCAGCCAGAGUGCAUGGCACGUGCUGAGUGUACGUCUCAUGAUAGCUGAACUGUCAGGCCCCGACUUCCUCCACCCCUCUGCCUGCAGUGCCUACAGGCCGGCACUCGUGUCUAGUGCCGAUAGACGCCCCUGCAAGUCCCGUAGCUUCCUCCCAGGCUCUGCUCAGCCUGUUCCCUCGCCAAGCAUGUGGUCCCCUCCUUGGUUCGUGCUGUUUGCUGCAUCAGACUUCGCCUUGCCUUGGUGUAGCGAUCCUUUGCUUGCUCGGAUGACUCUCUGCCAGGCCCAAGGAUGCAUCAUUUGGGGUCCUUGUCUCCUUUCAACUCCCCAACCUUGUCUUAGCUUACCCGAGCAACUAUUUCAGCACUCAGCCACCCUCAGGUUACAGGCCUGCCAGGCGAUGCGGAUUGAUUUUUCCCAAUACUGCCUAGGAUCGGUAGCUAUGGGAUGGGAUGCCAGACAGGGUCGAUGGAGGUAUAAGCCGGGACAGAAGGAGCGUCGAGCUGCCCGUGCCGAACGGGAGCGCAGGGCAGAGGAGGAUGAGGCCUGGGCAGUGGUUCAGCAACUGGCCAGUGACGAUCAGGACCCAUCUGCUGUGGCGAGUGGCUCUAGCCCGCAUACUGCCCCGCCUCUGACACUUUACUCUGCGAAGCGGCCGUGCCGGGCUCGGACUCCGGGGGUGAACCGCACCGGUGCUACACGGGGAAGGGCAUCCUCACAUACAGGACCGGAUGGAGCUCGUGCUCUCACUGCAAGCACUUCUCGGACCCCUGCAAGAUCUAGGCCAAGAUCAAGAUCCCCGUAUCUCCAUCCCAAGCCGAAGAAGAUGCCCAGGCUGCCACCGAAGCCAAAACGACGCCCUCAGCCUCGAAGCACACCGGCUGAGACGGAGGCUGCGGAGGCAACCAUGACUGCGAAGCAGCCCCAGACACCGCCGGCCACGAUGGAACCCGAGGACGACAUGGUCACCGUGGUGGUGGAGGAUGAACCUUCUCUAGGCAUGUGGACGGCAGCCCCAAUCCCUGAUGCCUGCCCUACUCCAGCCUCGACCACAUCGCCACUCCCAGAAGAUACGGCACGAGUGGCGGAGCUUCAACCUGUUCGCAGACGCCGACCCAGAACAAGCUGGCUCGCUAGGCCGUCUGGUGAUCGCCUCAAGUUUGGCCGGCGACUUCCGAUACCAAUGGGCAAACGCUCACCUUUCCGUGGCUGGUUCUACCGGCGUAUCGCCACGCAGCGGAAUGUGGAGACCGACCAGAAGGCAGGCAUCCGCAACUGGAGGGCUGGCAGGUAUAGCUGGGGACUCCACCGGCCCUGGUCCCAUAGCUGGCGACUGCUCUACCAGGACAUCAACCGCAUCCUUCUUUAUGCCCUCGAGGGCACGGCGCAGCCGCUGGCACGACUGGAGAGACUCUUCAUGGCCUACAGGUUAGUGCUGCCAAAGGAAAGAUGGCCUGAUGUCCUCACAGUCUGUGACAUGGUUUCACGUCAGAUCCAUCGUGCACCGAUCAUGGCUGGUCAAAACGCAAGUUGCGAGAUCCAACAGACCAACUGGCGACAAGGCGUCAGCAUCUUGCCGGCGUUUGCACACUUACCACUGCGACAGGUCUGCUUACGCCACUGGCAAGAGGCCACCGGCUCGGCACCCUUGGUGUCGCGAGACAUGUUGGCUCAUCUCACACGUUUCAUGACCUGCAGGGCUGGCCACACGUACUCCUUCAACAGCAAGCGGACUCGAGCUGCUUCAUCUGUCGACGAGUCCCAGGCAGUAAGCCCCCACGGAGAUUUAAGUGCUCGGCGUACUACGGCCAAUCUAUGCCCACUGCCGGAUACCAAGCACCUUGCCGUGAGUGCCCUAGACAAUGCCAGUGUCCCCUCCACGCUCCAGGUCUGCCUCAAGCACCAGGAUGUGUCCACAUUCCGUCAGCACAGGCUGUCCUCACCAGCAGCGACCGCCCGCAGGACAGUGGACCACUUGGAGACCCCCUGCCUGGACCUCACUGCCGCAUCUGUGUCAAGUCGGGCCCCUGUAACCUUCUAUGCUGGUCCUACAUGUGUGAACUUCGUGCGCUCCCACCGCCAGGUCCUAUGUGGCCCGUGCUAUUCCGUCGCAGAGCACAACAGAAACGCUCCUACAAACGAGCCAUCCGUCGAGCAGCGGCCUCCAGUUCUGGAGGCACCCGCUACCGUGGUCUACCAAGAACUGCUCCUGUCUCUGGCUGCACUCGCACCAGACAGGCCCGUGGAGAGUCCUCAGCUCGCAUCGCAACGGCUACAAAGCCGUCUCCUUCAUGUCCGCUUGACUCAUAUGGCCUGGGCCCUUGACAUCUUGGCGCCGGUUUCCCAGAGCUCACCGCCACAAACAGCCGCCCAGGAGAUUUCAACACGCCACUUGCUGCCCAUCCGCGUGCAGGCCCAUCCCCUGGCACGGCAGACAGGCCGGGACCCUAUGACCAUAGCGGCCCCACCAGUGCGCCCACGCUCCUGGAGCAAGGAGGACCUAAUGCAGCUCCUCUCGGAACCGCAGUGUCCCCAAGCAAUACAGCUGAGACGAUCGGUGCACCACGACAUCCAACACUGUCGGUCCGUUCAGGAAAUCAACGACUGCCUCACCUCUGCCCUGCAGCUACACUUGCCACCGCGUGCUGGUAGCACGAGGCUAGCCCCUUGGCAGUCACCGGCUAUGCAAGGAGGUAUACGUGCCAUGUGGACCCACUAUCGACAGUGGCGUCAGGCGGCCAACCGCCAAACCUCCACGAUUUGGAGGGCGUGGUUUCACUACGCCAAAUUCCAGAAGGCCCACAGAGAUUUUCGCCGUGCCGGCCGGCUUGCCAAACAUGCCUGGUACUCUGACAGGCUUCACGAGCUCGGCAUGCAUGCCCGUCGACAUAAUAUCCGUGCGCUCUAUCAGGGAAUCCGGCAGCUGGCACCCAAGAAACGGUAUACUCAGGUACAGCUUCGAGCCCCGGAUGGAGGACUUAUCUCUCCGGAGAAGCAGGCCCAACUGCUGUCAGCCCAUCUUCGCAGUAGCUACACUGGCCAAUUCUGCCAGCCUGAACGAGCUGAAACUAUGCCCAGUCUCCACAUGGACCCCACCGCGCUGUCAAGUGCGUUGGCAGGCCUCUCAGUGCAUAAGGCUGUUCCGGAGCAUCUGGCACCCAUAGCUGCCUGGCGACUCUGCUCGGAGGAGGUGAUGCCGAAAUUAUCUGAGCUCGUCAAUGACCUUACGACCAUUGAUGAGCUAUGGCAUGCGGCCUGGCUCGCGCUCAUCCCUAAAGUCACGAGACCAACCCUUCCGAAGCACCUCAGGCCCAUAGGAGUCACGGAAGUCUCAGGUCGAAUUGUCUCCAAGAUCCUCCAAAAUCGACUAAGGCCAUUCGUUCUUGAAUAUUUGAAAGAUCUACCUCAAUUCGCUUAUGUUCCGGGCCGAGGCACUCUCGACUCAGUUCUUCGCGUGCAAGCACACUGUCAGGCUGUGAUUGAUUCCUGCAUGUCCGCGGAUUGGACAACUCGCGAGGCAAGAGCCGGCAUACCAAAGCCACAGGCCACCGCUGGAGGCCUGCAGCUAUCACUUGACCUAAGCUCAGCAUUCGACCACAUGGAAUGGAUACACAUAGCCACUGCACUUGAUGACGCCUCAGUACCCCUUGAACUCCAAGCCCACGUUUUGGAAUGGUAUCGCGAUAUCAAGUAUGUCCUUACUGUGCAAGGCCAGACUGUCGAUAUAUCUGCUAGUCGAGGCCUGAAACAAGGUUGUCUUAUUGCUCCGCUCAUAUGGUCUCUUGUCACCGGUCGUUUCCUCUAUGAGCUUGCCCUCUGUGCAGAUCCUCUGUGGGUGACGACUGAUGUCACAACAUACGCCGAUGACUUCCACGCCGGGAGUCAGGUCAGUUCAUAUGCCGAGCUCUGUCGUCUUGAAGUACGCCUAGGUCAGCUUCUUGAUAUCCUCUGCGUUGCCGGCCUUACGGUGAAUGCCCAGAAAUCUGCGGUCCUCUUCCUCUUCCGGGGCACCUUCGCUUCCAAAUGGCUUAAGCAGCACCUGCGAACUACUCCUGACGGGCAAGUCAUGCGUCUACGUACUCCGACAGGUCGGCUGUUCGAGUUUCCAGUUGUGGAGGUUCACACUUAUUUAGGGGUCAGAAUAAGCUAUAAGAACCCGCGACUUGCCACCCUGCAGCAUCGUGUUCAGCUUGUACAAGCCGAAUGGUCCAGACUUCGGAAAGUGGUGUGCUCCAAACGCGGCCUCUUCCUUAAGGACCGGAUUAACGUUUGGCGAGCGAGCAUACCACCCAUGCUCACCUACGGACUGGCUGCCACGGGUUUACCAGCAGGUGGUCUCAGCCAACUUCGCACUCUGUAUCUUCGACAGCUCCGUGCCAUCCUCAGAUCCCCGGCGCACCUCCAUCGUGUCAGCAACGAGGCAAUCCUUCGUAAGGCCGGUGUGCCUGACGUCGCUGAGAUUGUCGAGAGAGACCUGGCUCGCUUGCAGGCCAAUCUUCAGCAACUGCAGGUGGAAGACUCCUCUCUCCUUGUACGAGAGAGUGUGAACCAGAGGCCAUUCUGGAAUGCCGCUACUGUGGAGAGACCUUCUCAACUUACCACCUUCGGAGAGCCCAUGAGGAAGUGGAGCAACCUCCGAAACCACAUUGCCAAAGGCCAGUGUCCCUUCCUCUGCUCCCACCAAAUAGGGACCGAUGCCACCGGACCUCAACUGGAAUCAGCCACUCUGAGUGGUACAGACCUCGGCUCUGAACCGGAGGCCCUGGAGAUGACCGCACAGGAGAGACUCUUCUUCGGGGGAGUCUGUCCAUCGCUCCAGUCCAAGAGGGAACGGGAGGAAGGCCCCUCGGAGAAAAGACCACGGACUGCAGACGCUCUGGCCUCCUUUCAGUCAUCGGCGGCUGCGCAAAUGCCACAGGCACCGAAGGGCAAAGGGAAAGGCAAGAACAAGGGCAAAGCAACUGCAAAGGGUCAAUGGGGAGGCUGGAAUCGACAGUCAACCACCUGGGGCCAGGACAACUGGCCCGCGGGACAGGGAGCGUGGAGCACGCCAUGGACUUCGGAGUACGGUCUGCCGGACAUGGUACAGAAGCUCACCUCCUUGGCGAUCAAACACGAAUAUGCCAUCAACAGCAUGAUGCAGGACCACACGUUAUACCUAUUCGUGAAGCCAGGGGACGAGGGGCUGCUUCCAAUUCUGUUUGCCACCUCGGAGAAAUGGAAUGCUACCCAGCAGACGGAUCCGUCCCAAAUCACGGAACCGCUGCGACUGGUCAUGAUGAAGGCGUUCCUCAUCGAACUGGGGCAGAGGUUGAAGGCCACGAAAGAUCAACCGGAAUCCAUGCAGAAAGCCAAGGAACUGGGCUGGCUGACGGAACAAGGCCAGUGGAAGACUCUGGUCUGGGACCCGACAGCACAGGAUCUCCGCGAGAAACAGGGAGGCAAGCUACACGUGACGGACGACUUGAUCGGCCAAUCAGUGGAGCUUCGCAAGCUCAUCACGGACGAGACUCUGUUUCGGUUUCAGUCACUUCGGGGACUGAGCCGGGCUCCGCAGACGGCAUGGGUCCAGCUAGCGAUAGAAGUCAGUGUCCGGGACAUGGGGAAUCGCGUAUGGGAAAUCCUUCAUUCCUGGAUAGGCUGCGCAGCUUUGCACACCAUGGGAUGCCGUCUUCGCAGAGAACGCGGCGGCCUGUCGCAACAGGCCAGAACACUUCGCGGGUGGUGA